UCCGUCACGAGUAAACCUCGCGACCGUUCGGUUUCGACGGUGCCCUCGCUAUUCUAUUCUAGUAUCGCGCGCACGAUCGAAUUUCCUGUCCUUGUUAUUCGCUCGUACUCGUCGAUCCGUUGUCACACACGCACGUGUCUCACUUCCCGCCCGAUCAAACCUGAAUUUUUAAACAGACCACCGCGAUUCAACGUCACUUGAAGAACCGAAAAUGAAACUGUUUACUUAUUUACUCAUUUAUUAAAUUAACGAGUGCGCUGAGAGUAAUUUGAAGAAACGUCAGCUGUGAGAUAAUGCACUUAAGCGGAAUUAAAUAGCGAACAAUGAUGGUUUCCUGAUGAAGCAACGGAUGUUCACGUCGGGAUAUCGGAGUUAGAGGAGUUCAGUGUUACCGCAGAAUCUUUUUUUUUUUACGAUUGAAUCGUGCGUUUCCAAUCUAACACGAUGCGGUCAGGCGAUCGAUGACGGUUCGUUGCGAUGCAACGCUGAUGACCGAGCAUCUCGAGGUCCACUUAACCGACCUAACCGACCCAAGAGUCGAAUCCCAUUCCCGAGACGUCGUCGGACCAUCGCUUGAACCUGCACGAUUUCAUCUUUGAUGACCAUUAAAUUUUUUAAGUGCUCGGUUCUAUGCCAGGAUGACGAGCUGAGUCGGGCCCUGGUCCUCGCGCGCCGCCGAAGAAUUCGUCCACGCUGAUCCACGUCGUGAAUCACGGUGUGUGUGAAUCACGAUGGUGGUUUCCCCGUGCGACCAUGCCGUCGGAAACUCGUGGUUGUCGUUGUGCGGGGUACGAGAUGAGUCACGUAGAUACGUUGAUUCGAAGUGAGCGCGGAUGAAGUGAUUACGAGAGGACUCGUGGACUUCCAAAUCCAGCGGACCAGUCCGGUCCGAGAGCGAUCCAGGGAUCAGGAUGCGGUGGAUCGGUUACGUGGCCACGAUUCUCUGGUGGUCGGGCAUCGCCAGGUCUCUCAGUACGCUGAAUCGAGGUCACAGUUACAAAAUUACUCCGAAGCCCUGCAAGGUGCCCGGUUCGGAGAGCAAAGAAGGCACGUGCAUGUUCGUGUGGGAGUGCAUCAAGUCCGAGGGGACGCACGUGGGUGUGUGCGUGGAUACCUUCAUGUUCGGCAGUUGUUGCGUUCACAACACGACGGUGAACACGAUAGGCGCGUCUCACCGCCCUCAUCAUCAUCAUCAUCAGCAGCAGCAGCAGCAGCACGAGACGACGAGUACACUCAGGCCAGGUCUACUUCUGGCAGAGCCAACCGCAAACGAGACCAUCAGAUUGACGUCAACUUCCCUCUCGGGCUUCUCCUCGACGGCAUUAAGCACCGCGAAGCCGAAUCUCCAUUACUACACUGGAUCUCACGGCUCCGGCACAGGCUCGACCAGACCGAUGAAACCGUCCUCGCAUGGCGUCGGGAGGCCCUUACAGAAGAGGCCGCACGCCAAACCAACGUCCGAGCACGACGUCGAGGUACUGCAGACCCCCGCGGUGUCCUCCGCGUCUACGAACACGUGGGCGGAAGGAAGGCCGCAAGAAACGAAGAGACCGGGUCAUCACGCGGGUCAUUCUCAUCACCACAAGACUAGGCCGGACGAUGGAGCACUGAGCGAGAAACCGUCGUCCGUUCAAAGCCAACCGGGCUUCAAGGACAAGCUGGAGACGCACAACACUUUGAUAGUACGCUUGCCGGGGAAGGAGCACGCCGACGACGAGGUCGUUGGUUCGAGUGGCCCGAGCAAGCCGAACAAGCAGGGCAAACCGGGUAAACCGGGCAAUCAAAGGCCCUUUGAGUCGAGACCGGACGACGGGAAGACCGAAGAUGCCGAUCUCAGCGUGCAGGAAACGAUAAAUCGGCCGAAUGUCAAUUCCGUCAUUGAAAGCGAAACGGGGAAAGAGCCACAUCCAGGUUCAAAUUUCGUGCAUACCGAACGACCGCACUGGGCAACCAAGCCAGCACAGUCGAAACCAUCGUCGACAGACUUCUCCAAACCGUAUUUUUCAAUGAAAACUACGACUUACCGGCCAAUAAGCCAGCCAGAUCAUAGACCGAAUUUUAUCUCGAGACCCAACUGGGUGCUGUCCACGAAGACGUCGACGACAACGACUGUCAGACCGACAUAUGCCAGGCAGCCUUCCACCAGCGCAGCCGGAUCCGUGCCACAAACCUCUCACUGGCAAGUGACCACGGAACCGGCCUUCGUCACAAAACAGAAACCGUCAUCGGCGUCGUCCUCAUUCUCGUCGUCCUUGUCAACAUCGUUCUCUUCAUCUCUGUCGUCAUCGUCGUCGUCGUCGUCUUCGUCAACCAAACCGAUAACCGCGAUUACCGUGCCGGAGACCGUACGAAUACCGUCUUUAGGUACGAGUUCUCAUUUCUGGUCGAACAGCUGGACACCACCUAGGCCGUCCUUAAAACCACAUUGGACCGACAGUCCCAGCCUCCUUCAGAAUGGCCCGGAAAACUUUCCACGACCGAGCCUAAAGCCGACCGAGUCACAUAGCACCGAAUAUCAGAAGCCCUUGGGCUCGGCGCACUACAUAACGACGUCCCACUUGGAGACUUCAACUAGGCCGCGGCCCACGAAGAAAACCACAAUGCAGAGCACGACGCCGUCCACAUUGAUGUCCUCCGUCAGCGAUACAACCAGUCUAACGACCGCAACAAUGACAACUACUAGCAGCACGACCAGCGCGAGCAGCACGAGUGCCACGAGCGUCGCUGCGACGCAAGGAUCGUCGACCACCGAGGUGGCGAGCGAGAAGGCGACGGGUUCGGUGAUGACGGUCGCGGCCGCUGACGAGAGCAAGAACAUGCAGUGCGGCGUGCCGCCGCUAUUCCCGCGGCCGGAAACGAGGAUCGUCGGCGGCAAGGACGCGUCGUUCGGCCGGUGGCCCUGGCAGGUAUCCGUACGUAGGACCUCCUUCUUCGGCUUCUCGAGUACUCACCGCUGCGGCGGGGCGGUACUCAACGAGAAUUGGAUCGCCACCGCGGGCCAUUGCGUCGACGAUUUGCUGACGUCGCAAAUCCGGAUACGAGUCGGCGAGUACGACUUCUCGUCGGUACAAGAGCGGCUGCCCUACGUGGAGCGCGGCGUCGCCAAGAAAGUUGUGCAUCCCAAGUACAACUUCUUCACGUACGAGUACGACCUCGCGCUGGUGCGACUCGAGAGUUCCUUGACGUUCGCCGCGCACAUCUCGCCCAUCUGCCUGCCGGCCACGGACGACCUCCUGAUAGGAGAGAACGCGACGGUCACCGGCUGGGGAAGGUUGAGCGAGGGUGGAACGUUGCCCUCGGUGUUGCAGGAAGUAUCCGUGCCGAUAAUCAGCAAUGACAUGUGCAAGUCGAUGUUCCUGAAGGCCGGUAGACACGAGUUCAUACCGGAUAUUUUCCUAUGUGCCGGUUACGAGACCGGCGGGCAGGAUUCGUGUCAGGGCGAUUCCGGGGGGCCUCUCCAGGUUCGCGGAAAGGACGGCAGGUACUUCCUCGCUGGUAUCAUAUCCUGGGGCAUCGGUUGCGCGGAAGCCAAUUUGCCGGGCGUCUGCACGCGGAUAUCCAAGUUCGUACCAUGGAUCUUGAAGAAUGUUGCCUGAUUGACUUGACGAACAC